AAGCAAGUGUAUUUUGGAAACAAUGCGGCGCGGCGGCGCCUGAGGCUGCAGCUUGGGGACUCCUCGCUCUGCCCGGGCUCGGCGCCCGCGCCCCUCCGGCGGUGCCCUGCCCUGCCUCCCCUGCCACAGGACAGUGGUGUCCUGAGUUCAUAUUUACAUGGGAGGAGGUACAUGUGGAGAACGGAGCAAUGGAUCCCCCCAGCUACCUAGAAGAGGACUAUUCCAGCUUGGACGGGCUGGACGAUGACGUGUUUCACUCUGACUUUGGACUCACAGGUCAGCCUGGUGAGAUGACCCCUCCUGGCAUUUUCACACAGAACCAAUCCUACAGCUGCCUGCUGGGGAGGUUUCAACUGUUCCCACUCACACACUGCUGUGGUCCAGGUAUCAGGCAUGCUGAGCAGCAGGACAAGGCAACCCAAACACUCAGUCCAUCCUCUUCCACUCAGGAUGUCAUGUUGCCAUGUGGAGUCACUGAAGAGCCCCAGAGACUCUUCUAUGGGAAUGCUGGGUACCGUUUACAUGUCCCCCCAGUUGGCUUUGCAUUGAAUCCACAUCUCCAAGAGGAGCCUCGGGAAGGUCAACGGGAAGCACGUGCUGAGGUUCAGAUUGCAAGGAAGUUACAGUGCAUUGCAGACCAGUUCCACAGGCUCCACAUACAGAGGCAUCAGCAGAACAGAAAUCAAGUGUGGUGGCAGAUCCUUCUCUUCCUACAUAACUUGGCCUUAAAUGUGGAGGCGAACAGGAACCACGUAGGUCAGAGGGACUCUUCUUUACUGCUUCGUGCCUGAUGAGGCUGGGAGCGCUUGUCCAACACUGUUGAAGGAAAGUCUUAGAACUUAGAUGUGUUUGGUAAAGCUUGCUGCUGAUUCCCCAAAUCAGUAACCUCUAUGCAAGUGAGGCAGGUAGUAGACAAACAGGUUCCUCUGCUCUGUUUUUGUUUUUUAAUUGAUAGAAUGCAGCAUUUUGUAAUUUUGGCUGCUAGUUAAUGAUGGUGUCUGGGACUGAUGGCUCUAAAUGUACUUUGGGCUACUUCCGGAUUAGAGACUCUUGACUCCUCUAUGGGAUAACUUUGAAAAAAGUUCUUUUUAGAAACAAUUACACUUAAGUAGUUUAUGUACAGCAGCAGGUGGGUCACUGUUUGUUUAUUUCCCUGAAUUUUAUUACCAGGGAGAUAUGUAAAAAUCUAGCUUUGUUUAAUGACUUAAUUGGCCCAACUUGGGCCAUUCUUCACAUGAAGUCGCUCUUUGUCAUUGCCACUAAUAGAUGGAAUUGUUUCUGUUAGAGUCCAGAAUCUUUCAGAAGAUGAUGGUGACUCUUCAGUAUCUUUGUGCAAAGGGCUGUUUGGUCCUGUACACUAUAUACUGUCCCCAUAAACCAGGAUAGAGCUGUUAAAGAUGGAAUAUAAUCUAAGCAUCAUUCUUCUGGAAUUGUUAAUCUGUAUAUUUUUGUUAGUGCUCUGGUGGAUUUUUCCCCCCUCCCUAUCAUAUGCGCUGUUAAGAAGAUUCAGAUCCCAAGCAUCUGAUACGUUUGCUUCAUGAUUUGACUAGGAGAUUAGUUAGUAAUUACUUUGAACCCCUACACUGCAGGUUUGUACAAGUGAUCGGUCUAUUCUAAUGAGUAAUACUGGAAGUGAUAUUCGUGUACACUGACAACAGAAAUACUACUUGGAGUGAUAGUUCAUUGUCAUUGACUUGUGACUGUCUGGUGUUUUUAAAUCUGUUUGGGUGCCACUCUUGGAACAGGGAUGGGGAACUACCUACCCCAAAAAUUUGGGUUUCGUUUGUUUAUGAAGUGUGAAAUACUAAGGGAAAAGAAUAUAGACUCUGCUUUCCACAGACUGUUUCCAUACUUGCCCAGAGCUAAUUCUAAAUCACAAAUUAUAAAACUAACACUAGGAAAAAUCUUUCUGGACAGUUGCCCUUCAGUCCUGCUACAGCUGUCAACACAGAGGGGUUCUGGAGCUCCUGGUCUGCUUUGAAGCCUAAUGAACAGUAAAGAAUCACUGUAUUGGAAGAGUUUUCUUGCACAUUCUCCUUCCCCUCCACUUCCCCUCCCCCCCCCCGCCUUUAUUUUUUCUUGCCCUUCAAGUCUGUUUCCAUCUCGGACAUUUGUAAUGACCCAGUUCCCAUGUACCCUCAGUAACCCCAUUAAAGUGCCUGGUAAUGACUUGUAGCACAUAUUUGUAUUUGGAUGCUUCCCCUCUAUUUCUCAAUCCCAUCUCUUGACUGGCAUUCUGCUUUUUCAUGGCAGGAGUUGUCUAGCCCUCUCCAAACCAGCUCCCAGGACCCUCUCCGCUUACAUAGCUCUGCUGCGAUCGUUCAGUACAAAUGGGGUUCCUCAUGCAAACUGACUUUUUUUUUUUUCCACCCCCUAGCUAAAGCUACAUUAUGCAGAGUAAUGUGUUCCUCUGGGAUGGUCAGGAGUUCAGAACAAUGAUUCUUAAGUUAGCUUUGUUUCAUUUUAGUUAAGCACGUGCACUAUGGAGUUAUGCAGUGGGAUGUGAGUGGUACCUGUCAUUGAUUACUUUGUAGCGGUACUGGAAGCUGCUCCCUAUUUCCUGAAAUUCCUUCCAUGGCUCUGCAAAACAGAGUCACUUGGGGUGUGUGGUGCCUGGAGAACAGGGGUUUAAAUAGGAAGCAAGCCUGAGGAGUGGGGCAAGCACAGACUGGAUUGAGGGGAGUGAGCCCUCAGAAUCUGGACCUUGGGGAGAGCCCCCUUAGAACUGAAGGUGUAGCAUAGGCAGCAGGUGGAGCCCCCCUUUGGGGAAGUUUAACCCCUGGCUCCAUCCCUUCUGCCUGCAGCUGGAGCCCCAAGACCCUGUUGUCCUCCUCCCUGCCGCAGCCCAGAGCCACAAGACCCCUGCCCAGAGAAGCCCCAGGCAUGCCCCUACCUUGGCCGGAGGAGCCCCGGGCUAGCUGCAGCCAUGCCUCCACUCCCCUCCCCAGACCCAAGCAGCCUGGAGGAAAAGCGUCUCUUCAAAGAUGCUUUUGAUAUGCCCCAUGCAGGUUCUGGGGCAGCUGAUGAGGCAGUAUGUGCUAUUCAGCUUCCUGGGUUCAUCAGUAAUUUCCCUGGAAUCCAGAGAGAUUACUGAUAACCCAGGAAGCUGAACAGCACAUACUGCCGGAACCUGCAUGGGGCAUAAUAAAGCAAAAACGUCGCUGCCAAACCCCACAACUGGGGGUCCGGUUGCUGUGGCAGUGCCAGGGGAGGCCUAUUAUACCUAUCGCUCAUGAGGUGUAGGCUUGUCAAGGAAACUGAGGGAGAGGGGAGUGGAGCUUUAGAGGUUGCAGUGGGGAAGGAAUGAAAUAAAGCUGUUAACCAGUAUGGCGCAGACAUAGGUAAUGCACACUCAUUUCCCUACUGAUUGGCUGAAAUCCUUUCAACCGUCACAGAGGGGUCAGAUUAAUAACAGUCUUAUGAAGUGUGCAAAAAUUGGGCAAGCCCAUCUGAUUUUAGAACACUACUUCAUCACCAUAUCAAGAAAUCAAACUAGCAUCAUCUUUCUUCCUUAAAUUCCAGCCUGGUCAGUUAAUCCGAAAAGCAAAUAAGUCUCCCUGGACUGCUCAGCCAACCACGACAGAAGUGUAAAAUGGAAUAGCAAGUUUGGUAUAGGCACUUAAUGAUGGUCUGCCCUCAUUAGCUUAUUCUAUAAUAACACCCUUCUUAGUGGGGGGAAUAAAUUGCUGAAAUAGUUUUGUAGUCCAUCUAACUGUACAGAAUUGUUUGGCUCACUGAGAGAGGGAGCCUUUCCUGGCCAUGAUGUCCACUGCUAGCAAUGGAUUUAUCAAAACUGUCUCUUCCAAGGUCUUAAAUUAGAAUUCACUUGUUCUUGUAUUUACAGUGAAGGCUGGAUUAUAAACCAGACUUCACUGUAGAUACAGGACUAGUCCUAGACAAAGUCUGACUCCUGCAACAUGCUGCCUUUAACUAGAGGUUUGACAACCACUGAUGUUUUUCUUUAACAUCUCAUAUUUGCAUAUCUUGGAGAAAGGAACCAGGGUUCUAUCAACCCUAAACCUAAGGAUCUUAAUCUACUUCUUUGAUGUCCAGGGGGAUUCUGCUGUUGACUUCAAAGGGAGCAGGAUUUGGUCACUACUUUUACCAGCUCAUCAUCUUCAGGAAAUAAUGGAUUGUUAUGUAGCAUUGUCCCCUUCCAUUGCCCAUAUGGAACAUGUGCCCAUUGUUCCAUAUGGGAACAUAUCAGGUACAUUCAAGGGGUGGUUUUACUAACAGCCCUACUUUGGUUAAAGGGAAGGCUCAUAUUAAUUACUAUGAGCAACCUUGACAGGAUAUAAUGCCCUUGAUUCAUCUCUGCAAUGCCCAUUCACACUAAUGGGAGUUCUGCAGGUGGGUCAAGUGAUACAGAGUAUUAAGAGCUGACAGCAAAGCUAUUCAUAGUCAUUCCAAAGAAUAUUGUUUUUAAAUUGGCAUUUGUGGUCAUUUAAAAAAAAAACAAAAACCCAACACCUCCCUGUUGCUUUUGAUUUGUUUCAGAAAGAAAAAAAUACCUCAAGGAAUUGGUGAGAGAGUGUUCAAGAUCUCUUACAAUUCCUAAAAAGCUCUUAUGAUCAUUAUUUCUUUGGUUUGUACACAUUCACACAGGUAGUACACCACUUAGUUCUUGCCGAUAAGGAAAAGCAGAAAAAGACUAAACACAUUGAAUGCACUGGAAUGUAAUUGUGUGUAUGCCUGUAUGUGUCUGUGUGUUUACAUAAAAAGGCAGUCUGACAUCCCCCCCCACCCCCCCCUUUUUUCUUCCACACCUCCCACCCCCUUCCCCCACAGAUGGGAGGGUCUCUUCCUAUGAAUCCCAUGCUGGAAGUUGGUUUCUGGGAAGUGAAACUUAAAUCUGUAGAGUUUUUUAAAAGCCAUUUUCCAGUUCUGUCUUCAGAUGAUUUGCUGCCUUUGGGGAGUGGAGGGAGGGGGUGGGAAGUGUAGAUCUUUAAACUGUUUUAAAUUAUUAUGAAGAUUUUGCAUGUACAAAGUUAUCUUUAAAAAUCAAGUGGAGUCUCCCUGAUUUGUGGAUUCAUCCCCAGGAGAGCAUCGCCACAGACUCUUCAGCUCCAGGGAGACUACUUUAGGCCUGCACCCCUCAGAAGACCACUCCAGUUUGGUUAUACUACUCUGAGGAAAGGUUGAGGGUAGAAGGGGGAUGUAACACUUCUCCCUUCUCACUGAUGUGUUGUAGUCACAUGAUGUAAGAAGACAAACAUGGCUAUGAUCUUACUAAAUGGGUGCUUAAAGUUAGGCUCCUAGUGGGGGAUUUUCAAAAGCACCUAAGAGAGUUUGGUGCUUUUGAAAAUCCUGACACUAAAUAUGGACUUUUGGUGCCCAAAGUUAGACUACUUAAAAAAACAAACAAACAACCCCCCUCCUCCCAACUUGAAUGUAUCUCUUUCUUUUCCAAAUCCUCUUCCUUUCCUUCUGUGGUAUCAGAAAUGUAUUCAAAUCUCCUCUGCAUUUCUCUUUAAAGAUCCAUAGAUGAGCAUAUUUUGACGUGCAGCUUCAUUUCCCCCUGGACUUUUCUACUCUUGUUGGAGAGGUUUCAUUUUUAAACUUUGGAGUAAUUAAUUGCCUCCAGUGGCUGCCUUGGAGAAUCAAAAAGAUGAGGGGGAGAGAGGUUCUCAAUGUAUUGUUUAAAAUGCUCUUAACCUUUCAUAGAGUGUCCCUGCUGAAUGAAUCUUAUGUUCUCCCAGCUGAAGAAGUACAGCCGAUGCUCUCCUGUGAAAUCUUUGUCUAGACUAGUCCUGAAGUGCACACGCCCUCUCUGCCAUGGACUGAGACCCAGUGAGAAUGUAGCAUUUUGUUUAUCUUGGCUGUGUGCCUCCAGGACUCCUGCCUGUAGUGAUGGUGACUGGGAGGAGCUCCUUUUUUGUAUCUGUGCAGUAUAUUUGCUCUGUGCUUUCUCUCUGGUGCUUUUUAAUACUUGGAAUUUUUUUCUAAUAACUGGUACAAUUUUUAAUAAAAUUGUUAAAUGCUAUGUAUUCUGUUC